AUGGGUGAAAAAUACUUUCAACUGUUGUUCGAAAGGCAGGCCCAGUUGGCACAGAGAAAAUAUGCCGUAAUGCUGUUGACGUGUGCACUGCGCAAUAUUACAGAAAAGGAGCCGUUUCCUCAUUGGCAGCUGUGCGAUUUUUUGCACGUGGAACCGGCAGUUUUGAAGCGCCUUAAUGAUGAGCUCAUCGAAUACAAGGGAUGGAAUCGUAAAGAAAACGACUUGUACUCGCUUUUCCAAACUCCUGAUCUGAAGACUAUCGAUGGAGUCGAGUAUCCGACAAUCCGCGCGUUCCAGUAA